AUGGGUUCAAUUUUAAGCAAAUUGGACAAUGUUUCACACCGCCAAAGGCAAUAUGAACACCGGGACCAGGAUUUGAACCGUAGCCAGUAUGUAGACCAGGAAAAACUAGAUAUUCUUUAUAAACUGGAUGAAGAUCCCAGUUACCAAGGGCCAGGCGUGGACCAGGUAGGAACAUGGACAGAACUUAACCUUACAGGACUGGGAUGCAGACUUCCAUAUAGCAUACUACGCUGUACAAAACUUACGACACUUAAUGUUUCCAAAAACCAUCUAACGGAGGAAGAACACAUCAUGGCAAUUUUUAAUCUGGAGACACUUGAAGAGUUAAACAUGUCCAAUUGCAGUAUUACUUCAAUUCCCCCAGAAAUAACCGUGCCCAAACAUUUGAGAAAGCUUAACCUAUCUGGAAACCAGCUGACAGAGAUACCACUACCAGUAUGUAGACUCCUGACUUUGGAGGAACUCGAUCUAAAGAACAACAAAAUAACUACCUUCAGCCCAAAUUUUAAAAGACUGUGUAACUUAAAAAAUUUAGAUAUCUCAAAAAAUCCGUUAGAGGAAUUCCCAUUUACAAUAUUAGAGAUGAAAACCUUGGAAAACCUUAAUUUGGCGAGUGCCAAUAUUACUACAAUCCCACAACAGAUAAAACAGUUCACAAAUCUAAAUGGAAUAGACCUGUCUAGUAACCAGUUAGAGGAAUUUCCACAGUCAUUGAUGGGGCUGGAAACACUCAAGACGUUGAAGCUCUCUCACUCCAAUGUUACCACGGUGCCAGCUCAAAUAACACAACUUAAAAAUCUGAAGGAAUUGAAUAUAUCUGGGAACCAGUUGAAAGAAUUCCCAUUAUCAGUUUGUAAGCUGGUGACACUGGAGACCCUAAACAUCUCAAGUACCAACAUCACAACGAUGCCACCUCAGUUAACACAACUUAAAAAUCUAAAGGAAUUGAAUAUAUCUGGGAACCAGUUGAAAGAAUUUCCAAUGUCAGUGUGUGAUCUUGUGACACUGGAGACCCUUAACAUUUGGAACAACAUCAUUUUUACGGUGCCACCUCAGAUAACACAACUUAAGAAUCUGAAGGAAUUGAGGCUAUCUUGGAACCCCCUUAAUAAAUUCCCAAUAUCAGUGUGUAAGCUGGUGACACUGGAGACCCUAGACAUCUCACGAACCAACAUCACUACAGUGCCACCUCAGAUAACACAACUUAAGAACCUGAAGGGAUUAAACCUGUCUCAGAACCAGUUGAAAGCAUUUCCAAUGUCAGUGUGUAAGCUGGUGACACUGGAGACCCUUGAGUUCUUUAAAA